UCCAGAGCGCGCCUCCUCCAGCAGAUGUGACGUUGCUUCAGUGACUUGCUUACUGCGCAGCUGAUUGCGGUUCUGCGCAUCUGUUGACGGCAAACUCUUUCAGGCCCACGGAUGCUUUCCAUCAGGCAUGAGACCCAUGAUUUCAGCGUUUUUUGGCAAGGUUAAGAUAACGCCAGCGGAUCCGAGAGCUGAGAGGGAGCAAGGUGAUGUGGUCUCUCCCUCUCUGAUGCCAGAAUGAGAACUUACACCCGUGGGGCACCAACAGUGUUCUUUAUAAGUGCACUGUGGAUUCUAGUGUCCCCGGCUCUGGCUAAAGCGGACCCCAGCGGAGGCAUUCCGUUCCUUGGAGGGAACUACGAGGGAACUCACCCCAUGCUGUACUUUGGCCAGGCAGAGGUUGAGGAGCUGCAGCGGGCAGCGGUGGGGACGCACAAGGCUUUGGCCCGACAGAUCCGGGAGGCCGGGGAGGCCAUACUGGAGCGACCAGAGGAGUAUCUUCCCCCUUGGAACCCUGCUGAGUUUAGUGCCCGCUGGAAUGAAGUCUAUGGGAACAACUUAGGCCUGUUGUCUAUGUUCUCCCUGCUGUACCCACACCGCGCAGGUGCACUGGACGUAGCCAAGGAAUACAUGGAGCGCAUGGCUGCGCAGCCCAACUGGAUGGUGAAAGAUGCUCCGUGGGAUGAGGUUCCCAUAGCUCACUCUCUGGUCGGCUUUGCUACAGCAUAUGACUUCCUGUACGAGUACCUCAGUAAAGUUCAGCAGGAGCGCUUCCUGCAGGUGAUUGGGAAUGCUUCACGAUACAUGUAUGAGAAAUCUUACCACCGCGGCUGGGGAUUCCAGUACCUCCACAACCACCAACCCACUAACUGUGUCGCUCUUCUGACAGGCAGCCUCGUGGUCAUGAACCAAGGAUACCUCCAGGAAGCGUACCUCUGGACAAAACAGGCUCUUGCCAUCAUGGAAAAGUCCAUGGUGCUUCUCCAAGAUGUGACUGAUGGGUCUCUGUACGAGGGUGUGGCAUAUGGGACUUACACCACUCGUUCACUCUUCCAGUACAUGUUUUUGGUACAGAGGCACUUUGAUAUCGGCCACUUCAGUCACCCCUGGCUGCACAAACACUUUGCAUUUCUCUACAGGACAGUGUUGCCUGGUUUUCAGAGAACGGUUGCAAUCGCAGAUUCCAACUAUAACUGGUUCUAUGGGCCAGAGAGUCAGUUGGUGUUUUUGGAUCGGUAUGUCAUGAGAAAUGGCAGCGGGAACUGGCUGGCUGAGGUAAUCAGACAGAAUCGAGUUCUGGAGGGCCCGGGACAGGCCGGCAGGGGUCAGCGCUGGUGCACGCUGCACACAGAGUUCCUCUGGUAUGAUGCCAGUCUGCAGCCCACCCCACCUCCUGAUUAUGGUGCAUCACACCUCCAUUAUUUCGAAGACUGGGGAGUGGUGACCUACGGAAGUGCCCUGCCUACUGGGAGAAACCACACAUUUCUGUCCUUCAAGUCGGGCAAGCUCGGGGGACGUGCUAUUUUCGACAUGGUUCACCAAAACAAAUACAAAGACUGGAUCAAAGGGUGGCGGAACUUUAACGCGGGCCACGAGCAUCCGGACCAGAACUCCUUUACCUUUGCUCCGAAUGGAGUCCCGUUUAUCACAGAGGCAUUGUACGGUCCCAAAUACACCUCUCUCAACAAUGCCGUCAUGUUUGGGCCUGCCGUGUCGGAGAGCUGCUUUGCACCAUGGGAAGGCCAAGUUACUGAGGCUUGUAACUCUAAAUGGCUUAAGUACAAGCACGGUCAAGCGGCAGACUGCCAGGGGCAGGUGGAGGCGGCUCUGGAGCGGCAGGGCAUGGUGUUUAUUCGCGGGGAGGGUCACGGCGCUUACAACCCUGAGCUGAAGAUCAAGAGCUUUCAAAGGAACUUACUGCUGCUUCAUCCUCAGCUGUUGCUGAUGGUCGACAGCAUUCAGCUGCAUUUAGGCAGCGUGACACGCAGCAUGAGCGCCUUCUUUCACAACACAGACAUGCCUUUUCAGGAAACCCAAGUCGACGGAGUUCACGGUGCUCUGAUCAGACAUGGAAACGAAACGUCCAAGAUGUUCUGGUUGGAUGAUACGGGCAGCAGUGAAAAGGCAACAGUGGGAUAUAGGAGCUACCCCCGUGGAUACCCCUAUAAUGGUUCGAAUUAUGUAAAUGUGACUAUGCCACUGAGGUACCCUACCAGCAGAGUGGCCUACAUCUUCUUCGGCUCCGGAGUGGAUGUUCAGAGUUUCAGUGUGCACGGAGACUCGGAAACACUGGACAUCUACCUGGCCACCGGAGAUCACACCUACACCGUCUAUCUGUACACAGAUGCGGGUCCCACCAAGCCUAUGGCCAUGGUGUUGAUGGACCAAAAGAAAGUAGUGUUUGAAAGGACAGCAGGGACAAAUGAGCAGCCCUUGGAGGAGGUAGAGGAAUACGUUAAUGUUGUGGAGGACAAUCUGCAGCAUGUCAAACCAGUCUUCCAGCAGCUGGAGAGGCACAUCCUUUCACGGGUUCUUAACACGGACAGUUUCCACAAAACUGCAGAGCGCCUCCUGAAGUCCUCAGACAAGAGGAAGACCCCAGGGACUGUGGAGAAGAUGUUUUCCCUUUCGAAGAAGCAAGGUAAGGGGAAGGCAGGCAAGAAGGCGAGCUUUUCCGACAGCCUCCCAGACAUCUUUGCUCAGAUCGAGGCGAGGGAGAAGAAGGAGAGGCAGAGGACGAUGAAGCGCGUCUACGAGGAGGCUCCGGAGGAGGCAGACGGCGACUCGAGGGCAUUCAUCGACUACAGCGAUUUACGAAAGGGCAGGAAAGUGGGCUUUGUCAAGGGGCGGAAAUUCAAAGAAGUACGUGUGGGGGCAACGGCAGAAAGUGACAGUAUUUUUAACGCCACCUCGUACAUUCGCCUUUUCCUGAUUUUAAAUAUAGCCACUUUCUUCGUCCUGCUGGCAGUGCUGUUGACGCGCUUCCAGAGGGCACAGAGUUUGCAUACGCAGCGUUGCCUUUACGGCAUCCUCCUCAUAGACAGCUUCAUCCUGCUCUGUCUGUACUCCUCCUGCUCUCAGACGCAGUGCUGACUAACAUCGUCACUGUGAGACAUUCAGAAUGGUGCAAAAUACCAGCUCUUCCUCCAAGUUUUGAGACCAAUACUAUGGCAGAAUAUCCCUGUUUGCAGCAGCAGUGCAUCCAAGUGAUGUGGCUCUUACUGUGAGACCCAAGGAAGUGUCUUUAUUCAGCACAGCUCUCAGUCAGUGCUAGCAAACAGGUGUCUGGGAAAAGCUGAUUCCGUAUAGGAAUUAAUAGAUGUUGCGAAGAUAGCCAGCCCACCUCAGAUCAAAAGCUUUUGUGGAGCUUUGAAAUUGUUUACAUGAACUUUGUCUUGAAGUACACUCUUAAAAAUAAAGGUACUUAAAAGGUUCUUCACAGCGAUGCCAUAGAAGAACCAUUUUUGGUUCCACAAAGAACCAUUCAGUCAAUGAUCUUUAAAGAACCAUUUCUUUCUUAGCUUUUUAUAAUUUGAAGAACCAUCUUUCGCCACAAAUAACCUUUUGUGAAACAGAAAGGUUCCUCAGAUGUUAAAGGUUCAUCGUCAAGCCCCUUUAUUUUUAAGAGUGUAUAGAGCCCUGCACAUGACAUAAGAGAGGGGAAAAUUAAGAAUUCACUUCCACAACUUUACUCAUUUGUGAGGGAAAAUAUAGUUAAAGCAUUGGCAUGCUAUAGUAAUUUAUUCCCUCGUUUGAGUUCAAUUAUGGCCACGGUUUAACCGACAUGAGGGAACGAAUUAACAAAAAGUGGCAACAAAAUAAAUUGUGAGAACAAAUUUGUAAAUCAUGGCUAAAGUAUCUUUUUUUUUUUACCCCCUUGCAAAUGUCAUGUUUGUGGCUCUGUAUUAAAGUGGGACUCUCUCUAUGGCCUCCCACUAUUAUCCAGAUUCACUGAAAGCUAUGCACAUUUGGUAACAACAUGGACUAUCUUUCAUCAUAAAAUGUGUAAAAUGUAUAUAUGUUGAAGCAAAGUAUAUUUUUUGGAUGUUGUUUUGUACUCUUCUAUUAAAUGGCAACUACAGAAAUAUGUGUAUUUUGGUGAUUUCUUUAUAUGUACAUUUAAAAAAUAUACAUCAAGCAAACAUUUUAUUAGGGAAUGUUAAAAACAUGAUUUCCAUACCCAGUAGUAGAAACGAAUACAAUUUUGAAAAGACAGACAUCUCUGUAGUGAAUAUGUUCAGCUUUAAAAUGUUUCGAUAGCCUUAGUGUUGGUUUGUGUCUCAAUAUUUUGGCUCAAGAAAAUAAAUUAGAGAAGAAA